AAGUUCCAUGAUCCAGACUCAGCAGUUGUGGCGCAGCAUCUGACAAACACUGUAUUCGUUGACAGAGCUUUGAUAGUCGUUCCCUAUGCAGAAGGUUUGUGCUUUGUUUCACUGCCUAUGUGGCCAUCCUCUCGAUGACCGUCUACCUCAGUCUAGUUUUGUAGAGUGAGUAAUAGUAGCAUGUUAAAAACCUAAGCAAUUAACAUUUGGAGACCCUUGGUAUACUGCGGUCCAUAGUUUUUACUUUCGUUAUGGCCAAUUUUGAGUCACUCUUAAUUCUGAAAAUUAGAAUCAGUUCCAAUUUUUUUAGUUUAGCUCUUUUUUAACUAGUAAAAAUAAAAAAUAACUGUCCUUGACUUCAAUUCCUAAAAGACAUUUAGUAAGUGAUUAUCUUAAUUGGUAUUAGAGUUUUAACCCCCUUCCCCUACCCUUAAAAAUCAGUAGUCUGAUACGUACCUUUAUCUAGAUGCCUUUAAAAAAUGCAUGACUUGGAAUUCCACUGUAAUAACACAUGAGAACAGUAGUCAUUAUCUCCUUUCACUGGUAUUUCAAACUAAAUUUACCAAAUUGUAGAUUCCAGUAUACCAAGGGUUGAAUGAUUGUGGUUUGUGUGAAAAGCCAAAAAUUCCUUUAGGUUAGGUGCCAGAAGGGCACUGGGCAUUUUAUUUUAUUCCAAGUUUUCUUGUUCAGCCUUGCUAUACUUUAUAGAAUUUCACUAAAUAAUAAACUCUUCUCUCUGUUAUUUGUGUGUGUGAUUUUUGUAGUGGAGAAGGCAAAUGCAAAGCCCUUCCAGAUGACUGAAAAACAGUGGGUCCUCUGCCGCUACAGGGGAUUCUAGACAAUAACUAAAGGCCAGCAAGCCCCGCUCAAGCCCCCCAGGUGUUUUCCUGGUGUCACCAAAUGUUAACCACAUUUUCUCUCUUUUUACAUUUUAGGCUGUUAAAGUAAUUGGACAGGACAAAAGUGGGGUGGGUGGAUCUUAACAGUGGGACAAGACAGCACUUUUACAGCCACUUUAUGAAACUUAAGGCAGACUUUAGUCCAUAUGUACAUUUCUCUAUAAAUGUAGCAAAUGGUUAAGAAAGAUCAUUGAAAUAUAGGGGAAUUACUGGAAUUUAGGUGAAUAUGUAUAAUCGCUGCAUUUAUCGGCCAGGCAUUUUAAAUUCUGCCAUUUUUUUCUUUCAUGAACUGGUCAGGGCAACUAGCUUCUUGAAACUAUCUUUUCCAAAAGGAAAAUACCUUGUAUCUCUUGGUAUCAACCUGAAAAUUUGCACCAUGCCUCGUCCAGAAAACCUGGAGAUUGAUUUUGUUUUUCGAAGAAAUCCCUUUGAUUUUCUGCUCCUGGUGAAGGCAUGCUGUAAUAGUAUAUCCAUCUCAGUGCUAAAGAGUAAGAGCUUGGCUCUGAACAAGCUUCCCCAGGUAGUAUGUGUUGGUUAAGCCAUUUCCUUUUUGUCGUUGUCCCUGUUAGAGAAGAAACCUGGCACCCAAAGAAAUCCAGAACGUGCGCCCGAUUGAUGGGUCUUGGUGCAGGUCUUUGGGGCAAAUGCUCCUCAAAUAAUUUGUAAGGACAUUUGAGUGAGGCUUUUCUAGAAAAAGGAAUCUUUUGUUGGAUAAGCCUUCUAUCAGGUUUUUCCAGUGCUUAAUAAAAUAGAGCAUAUCAUAAAAUGGCAGCUUUUCAUAUACAGUUUAAAAAGAAACAUUGUCACUUUUUUAGAUGAGUUUUUGAAAGUGAAUUUUUUUUAGUCUAUUGGAUUAUGGAUGUUUUUUCAUUUCAAAAACCUAUUCUUGGUGUAUAUCUCUUUCGAUGUGCGGUAUUAAUGUUGCCUGGCACCAGGUAUCUCACUGCACAAAUACUCCUUCCCUCUCUCACACUUCCACUCCAUUUUUAGCUCUUACCCUUUGGUGUUGGCUCUUGCUCAAUGUGUUAGAAUUGUGCACCCAGAGUCUAUGGGAAGGCAUAGCCUUAAAUCGAUAACGUUGUGAUACAGUCAGAUUUGGAAGGGACUCAUAAUAUGAAUGGAUUUGGGGAUUAUUUAGGUUCCUUGGUUAAUGUUUGUUUCUUUUGUCUGUUUCUUUUUCUUUCAUUUCUACACAUUCAUGCAGUAUUUCAUGGUUCUAUCAAAGCAGCAGUAAAAAAAAAACUUGACGCAUGAAAAUUAACUGGUGAGGGGCCUCAUUGCUAUUUUCAAAUUGUAGUUUUAUUUUUAAAUAGUUUUUUUUUUAAAUCAGAGGAUCGGAUGCAUGAUUUUUUUUAAUGGAUGCAGAUCUUCUAUUAGGUGUCUCACAAAUAAGUUCAAGAGGAUUUAGAUUUCCGGAAAUGUCGCAAUUGCACUAAUUUGAGAUAGAGAUGUUGAUAUUUUAUAUAUCCUCUUUCUGAGACAUAAUUUUGCAUGCAAAAUUAUCCCUUAAUCUCUGUAGGUAUGUUAAUAUAUUUUAUGCAUUAAUUAGUGCCCAAUAUCCAAAUGAUCUUCUCCCCCCCUCCAUAACUCUUGGUAUCUAAAUUGAUGACAGCUCUGACACAAACAAGAUAACAGUGCUGUGUAUUAUACAUUUGUUUAUAUUAUCGGCACUCUCAGUAUAGGUGGAAGGAACCAUUACCUUUAUUUAACAGUGGUUUUUCUUUUUUGUUGUUGUGUUUUACAGUUCUUUUCCCUGGUUCAGCCUGAACUAUAUACCAGGCCCUGCUGAAAAUACCACCCAACAGUUUUCUUCUGCAGCUUAUCCAGUUUCUCUUAAGUGCCCUGUACAUAUUGUAUGUUUUAUGAUGAGAUGCAGUUUCUUAAUAUGUAUUACAGAAAUACUACUGGUAUUUGCAAAUAUGUAGUUAAAUUGUAUUAUUGAACUCUCAUUUUGGGGGCUUGGGCACAUUAACAGAUUAAUCCAUCUAUCUGUAUAGGGCUUUUGCUGUUGGAUAGGAUUAAAAUUGUCUACAUGAGUAUGUGUCUUAUUGUAGGACCCUUAUUAAUAUUUAUGCUGAAUACAUAGACUAGGCAUUUAAAAUGGACAUACUUGUCUUUUGUGGCUUCAAGAGUUUGGGCCAAAGUUUGCUUUUUAACUGGCAAUAUGUAGCAGCAUUUUUUGGUACAGUUAGCGUGGCACAUAUGGGAACAUAAAGCAUUUCACUACGCAGGUAAGGAAUGUGCCAAAGUCUAUACCCUUCACGCACCCAGUGAAGAUUCAGAGAUCUGCAGAGCCAUUCAGAUUCACUUUGAGUCAGCAAAAGCCCUACGCUUGAUUCAACAGAAAAUUUCCUUACAUACCUUUCUUCUCUUUAAUUUUUACAAAAUUUGUAUGGUAGGUGUAAAAAAGAUCAUAGUGAACUGUGCCAUAUUAUUAACCCCUAAAUCACCCUUUUUUGUCUUGUGUAUCUUGAUUUUUCUGUGUGCUUUAUAGUGAAGCAGCCGACACGAGUCGUGUUCAUAAAACAGCUUUUGAAAGUUGAGAGCACACCCUGGACAGCCGACUGUGCUUGCUUACCUUUGGUUCAUGACUUAAAAAUCGAGUACAGGAGUUAUUCCUGAUGAGACUAAGGCUCUGUCUCUGUUGGCACCAGCUAAUGCAGUGGCAGGUCUUCUGCCUGGUGGUGGACUUCUGCCAACCCCCAACCCCCUUACCCAGAUCGGUGCUGUUCCUCUGGCUGCUCUGGGGGCCCCUGCUCUGGACCCUGCCCUUGCUGCUCUCGGGCUUCCUGGAGCAAACUUGAACUCUCAGUCUCUUGCAGCAGAUCAACUACUGAAGCUAAUGAGUACAGUGGAUCCUAAGUUGAACCACGUAGCCGCAGGCCUUGUUUCUCCAAGUCUGAAGUCAGAUACCUCCAGUAAAGAGAUAGAGGAGGCCAUGAAAAGAGUGAGAGAAGCGCAGUCACUGAUCUCCGCUGCGAUCGAGCCAGAUAAGAAAGAAGAAAAACGGAGGCAUUCAAGAUCCAGGUCACGUUCCAGGAGGAGGAGGACUCCUUCGUCCUCCAGGCAUAGACGAUCAAGGAGCAGGUCCAGAAGGAGGUCACAUUCUAAGUCAAGAAGUAGGCGACGAUCCAAAAGUCCGCGGCGGAGAAGAUCUCAUUCUAGAGAGCGGGGCCGAAGAUCCAGGAGCACAUCCAAAACCAGAGACAAAAAGAAAGAAGAAAAAGAAAAGAAGCGUUCUAAAACGCCACCCAAAAGCUACAGCACAGCGCGGCGGUCACGGAGCACUAGCCGGGAGAGGAGGCGCAGAAGGAGCCGGAGUGGAACAAGGUCGCCCAAAAAGCCCCGCUCUCCGAAGAGAAAACUGUCCCGGUCCCCCUCGCCCAGAAGACACAAAAAAGAGAAGAAAAAAGAUAAGGACAAAGAGAGGCGAGAUGAGCGAGAGCGGUCGACCAGCAAGAAGAAGAAAAGCAAAGAUAAAGAAAAAGAACGGGAAAGAAAAUCAGAGAGCGAUAAAGAUGUCAAACAGGUGACAAGAGAUUAUGAUGAAGAAGAGCAAGGCUACGACAGUGAGAAAGAGAAAAAGGAAGAGAAGAAAGCCCCCGAAGUGGGUUCCCCCAAGGCCAAGGAGUCGUCUGUGGAGAAGGGCAGCGGGGAUUCCCUGAGAGAGUCCAAGGUGAACGGGGACGACCACCACGAGGAGGACAUGGACAUGAGUGAUUGAGGGGCCGCGCCCAGCGCCCGGCCAGCUGUGGACAUGCCUCAGUGUCAUUCCUCGUGUGGUUUCAGUCUGCCCUGUUUGUUACCCCAAACCUAGAUGUAUCUAGCUCUGAGCUAUAAAUGGUUGUCAAGCUCCUGAUCCUCGUUAUUCAUGGCCGGGCCGCCCUGGGUCCCCCCUCCACGCAGCCCUACUGUGCUGGGGCUGCCGGCGAGCACAAGAGUGACCAGCUGCAUGCAUCUCCAGCAGGCAUGGAUUGUGGAUGUUGUAUGAUCUCUCCUCCUUUAUUAAAUAAGCUCACGUAGACAAUUUCUAGAGUUUGAUUCCUUACAGUACUAGAGCCGUAUAGGGAAUGCACUGAUUGCAUGUUAUUGUGGCAGGAAUAUCCUCAAUGUUUCUUCAAGUCUACAUCCUAGAAUGGAGUGUGCUUAGGACCUUCAGUGGGUCAACAUGACAAGAUUAACAUUCAUCGGUAACAUCGAGAAUCUCCUAGGAGCCUCAUGGCUGAUUUUUUUUCUGUGUGUUUGGUUUGGCUUUCAAAGGUUGCAAAGAUGCACUAGACUUUUUUUUUUUUAAAUAAUUAGGCUUUUUUUUUUUAGGCUUCUCCCUUUCCUCCCCCCCCCCCCAAAAAAAAAAGAAAACCUCUGGUAGCAAAUAGCGUAUUUUGAAAUGGAGUUCUGCAUUUCUCCAUAACACCUACAUUGGGAGUUAAGAUUUCUUGUAAUAUUAAUUUAUCAGUGCCCAGCUUUGAGACUCAGCUUGUACCGAUUUCCAUUCAUACCGUUGUACAGUUUUUGUUUUGUUUUUCUUUUGGUUCUUCAGUUUUGAACUCAAUGUUGGAGGGGAAAGGUAGUGCAUUUUUAAUUGACAUUUGUAUGCUUUUAAAACAAUUCUCCUUGAUAAUGUCCUUUUUCUUUGAUCUCAAGUUGUAUAAACUGAUAAAUUUGUGUUAACUGUCCCUGCAGUAGUAAUCUCACACAGUGACUCCAGGUUAUAUGCAUAGUUAGGCGAGCUGUUUUCUUAGUUACCCGAGUUCCAGAGCUUUUACUUUUGUGCAGGUGAAAACAGAAGUAGGCGACAUACGGUCUGUGCCAUGUUGAUGUACAGUUUCUGAAAUUGUUUUACAAGACUUUGAUAAUAAAACCCUGAAACUUACGCUCA